GUCCUAUGGCAGUGUUUUCAAAGCUAUUCAUAAAGAAACUGGUCAAGUGGUUGCAAUUAAGCAAGUUCCUGUGGAGUCCGACCUUCAAGAGAUUAUCAAGGAAAUUUCAAUAAUGCAGCAGUGUGACAGCCCUCAUGUAGUGAAAUAUUAUGGCAGUUAUUUUAAGAAUACGGAUCUUUGGAUAGUCAUGGAAUACUGUGGUGCUGGCUCUGUGUCUGAUAUCAUCCGAUUACGAAAUAAAACAUUGACAGAAGAUGAAAUAGCUACAAUAUUACAAUCAACACUUAAGGGACUAGAAUAUCUUCAUUUUAUGAGAAAAAUACAUCGAGAUAUUAAAGCUGGAAAUAUCUUGCUAAAUACAGAAGGACAUGCAAAGCUUGCAGAUUUUGGAGUAGCUGGUCAACUUACAGAUACGAUGGCAAAACGGAAUACAGUGAUAGGAACACCAUUCUGGAUGGCUCCAGAAGUCAUCCAGGAAAUUGGAUAUAACUGUGUGGCAGACAUCUGGUCAUUGGGAAUUACUGCUAUUGAAAUGGCAGAAGGAAAACCCCCAUAUGCUGAUAUCCAUCCAAUGAGGGCCAUCUUCAUGAUUCCUACAAACCCCCCUCCCACUUUCCGAAAGCCAGAACUCUGGUCUGACAGCUUUGCCGAUUUUGUGAAGCAGUGUCUGGUGAAGAGCCCUGAGCACCGGGCCACAGCUACCCAGCUUCUUCAGCAUCCAUUUGUUAAGAGUGCAAAAGGAGUGUCAAUACUACGAGACUUGAUUAAUGAAGCCAUGGAUGUGAAACUGAAACGCCAAGAAGCACAGCAGCGAGAGCUGGAUCAGGAUGACGAUGACAACUCUGAAGAGGAUGAAACUGACUCAGGUACAAUGGUCCGUGCUGUUGGAGAUGAGACUGGCACAGUACGAGCUGCCAGUACCCUAAGUGAUGGAGCCAAUACCAUGAUAGAACAUGAGGAUACUUUGCCAUCACAGCUGGGCACAAUGGUGAUCAACACCGAAGAGGAGGAGGAGGAAGGGACUAUGAAAAGAAACCAACAUACCCCUCCCACCCAAAAACCAUCUUUCCUGGAGUACUUUGAACAGAAAGAAAAAGAGAAUCAGGUCAACAGCUUUGGCAAAAAUGUCCCAGGCCCAUUGAAGAAUUCUUCAGAUUGGAAAGUGCCACAAGAUGGGGACUAUGAAUUUCUCAAGAGCUGGAGUGUAGAGGACCUUCAGAAGAGGCUGUCUGCACUCGACCCUAUGAUGGAACAGGAGAUUGAAGAGAUACGGCAGAAGUACCAGUCGAAGCGACAGCCAAUUCUGGAUGCUAUUGAGGCCAAGAAACGGCGACAGCAAAACUUCUGAGCGAGUCCCAGCAUGAUGGCAGGGCUGGGUGUGGUUCACAUCUCAAGGACGCUCUGUUUCUAGCUUCCCACAAGCCCUGCAGGUUGCUCCAUGUUGAGAGCAAAAUAGAGGGGCAAAUGGUUCUGCCCUUUCAUGUACUCAUAAGCACCUUUGUGAACUUCAGGAAUGCAAACGAGCACGAAGGUCUUUUUUCACAGUCAAGGCUCCAUAUUGAUAUCCUAUGUAUUUAAAAUAAUAAGAGAUC